AUGUCACGGAUCCCAGUACCCUCGCACUCUAAUCCCCAGCGUAAUCUCGGCCCUCCCUCGCCUGUCCCUUUUCCAGGACCCAACUCCGACCGCUCUCCUUCUCCUCUUCCUUCCCGUUUCAACCACGGUCAGAACGGUUCCGUGUCCAUGUCGUCGCUCUCAGGAUUCCAAAGCGAAACAAGGAAGAAGCAGUCAAAGCGGGACGAAGCUAUUCGCAAGAAGAUAGAAUCUGAACUCGCCCGGAAGCGCACCAUUUCGACGACACAGCACCAGCGGAGCAGUAAGCGCGGCAAUAGGUCAAAUGCACAAAAGGGAACCGUCGCGGCACUCAAGCCAGCCCCAGCCCUAACAGUUCCUGAGAACAUCACUGUCGCAGAAGCAAGUCAGCUUUGUGCUGCCAAACGAACGGACUGUGUCCUUGUCGUUGAUGAUGACGAAGGGCUCAGCGGAAUCUUCACUGCCAAGGAUUUGGCGUAUCGAGUCACUGCGGACGGCUUGGAUCCCCAUCUCACUCCCGUGCAUCAGAUAAUGACCAGAAAUCCUAUGGUCACGCAGUCGACGACGAGCGCGACCGAGGCACUGCAGCUGAUGGUUUCAAAACAUUUUAGGCAUCUACCCGUUUGCAACGAAGAAGGAAACGUAGUUGGUCUUCUCGAUAUCACAAAGGUUUUUCACGAAGCACUCGGGAAGGUCGAGAGAAGUUCAGCUGCCUCCGAGCAGCUCUUUUCUGCAAUGGCAGGUGUACAGUCUGAACUUGGAUCCGUAACCUCAAACCCACAAGCCGUCGCAAUGCUUGCUUGGGCUGAGAAGCUGCGCGAAAAGACGGCGCUUCCGGACCUCACCAGUCUCAUGGACUCGCGUACUCAACCUGCCAUGGUCGGACCAAAGACUACAGUUCGUGAAGUUGCCAAAUUGAUGAAGGAAAGGAAAACGACCGCUGUCUGUGUUAUGGAAAAUGGUUUGGGACCGAAUAUGCCCUCUAAGAUUGCUGGUAUCUUCACCAGUAAAGAUGUUGUACUGCGUGUUAUUGCCGCAGGACUGGAUGCAGAAAGGUGUAGUGUCGUUCGGGUCAUGACGCCGCAUCCUGAUACGGCGGUUCCUACUCUCACUGUUCAUGAUGCUCUGAAAAAGAUGCAUAAUGGCCACUACCUUAAUCUCCCUGUCGUUGAAGCCGACGGGCGUUUGGUAGCUAUAAUCGAUGUCUUGAAGUUGACGUAUGCUACUCUGGAGCAGAUGAAUUCCAUGGGCGCUGAAGGUGGUCCUACUGAUGCAGAAGGUGGACCAAUGUGGGGUCGCUUCUUCGACUCCUUCGAGGACUCAGAGUCGGCCCUAUCAGGCUCUCGAGUACGGAAUGCACCAUCGAUGGGCAGUCUCUCUCACCUCAUGCCGCGAUCUCCUCAGUCUGAGGUCCAUCCCAAUGACUCGGCAUCCGUUAUUGAUGAUGAGCCAUCCGUACUGGAGGAAUAUUCACGCAAAAAGAAUGCUGCGCAGGCUUCCGCCCCAGGACCUCUUCCUGUCGACGAUGGUACUUACGUCUUCAAGUUCCGUACACCCAGUGGGAGGACACAUCGCUUCCAAGCUCGUCAUGACGACAUUGCACACUUGCGAGAAGUUGUUUCUGGAAAAUUGGCAACAGAUCCCUUCUUCACCGAGUUCUCAGCCACGGAGGGUUCUGACAUACGACCCGAUCCUAUUGAUUUCCAACUGUUGUAUACUGACACAGACGGCGACACCGUUCUCAUUACUUCGGACCAUGAUGUUACUGACGCUGUGAAGAUCGCACGGGCCUCGAAUUCGGACCGCGUAGUCCUGUUUGUGCAGGGUGGUAAGGGCUGGGAUGAGGCUGGUGCAGGAAAUGUCGAUGCCAAGGCCGCUGAAGUUGCCGCUGCCGCUGCUGCUGCCCAGGAAAUUGUAGAAUUGGAGCAGUCCGAGGGCUUCACCAAGGAGGCCGUCCCGCCUGUGCCGGCUUCCUUCGAUCAAGUAAUGGGAAUACCUAGAGACCUGCUCCUACCGGCCAGUAUCGGGGCUCUUGCUAUUGCGAUUAUUGGGGUGUUCACCAUCUCUCGGUUAACGGCGUCGCAGUAUUAA